AACGUUGCCGUUUUCCAUUCCCUAACUCAAAUAAUCGCUCACCAAAUACUACAAACAACCCUUUCUUACCUUUAUUAUCGGUUCGGUUUUUUGUGAUGGAUCGGGCCGCGAUGACGGUUGGACCGGGCAUGGACAUGCCGAUCAUGCACAGUGACUGUUACGAUCUAGUCGGCGAUAUUGGCUCCGGAAAUUUCGGCGUUGCCAGGUUGUUACAAGAUAAACGAAUCAAAGAGCUCGUUGCCGUUAUAUAUAUCGAACGUGAUAACAAGUUCACUACUUAAAAACUUUUUGUUCUAUUUGUUGCCUCUUAUUUUGUAAACCCUGACGGAAAGUAAACUGUCCUGGAAAUCCCUAUAGCUUUUCUAUCUCACUUGGCAUUCGCAGCUGUCAUUUUCUUCAGGUGACAGUGCGAAGGAAAGAAAUGGCUAUUGAUCGUCCAUGUGCGGCGUGCAAGUAUCUGCGUCGAAAAUGCGAGGAAAACUGUGACUUAGCUCCGUACUUCCCACCGGAACACCCACAACAUUUCAGUAACGUGCACGCCGUGUUCGGAAAGAGCAAUGUAUCGAAGCUAUUGAGUGAAGUAAACGUUGAGCAGCGCCAAGAAGCUGUUAAAUCAUUGGUUUAUGAGGCGCAAGCGCGUAUGAAGGACCCCAUCUAUGGCUGCGUGGGUUUGGUUUCACUUCUUCAACAGAGGUUAAGGGAAAUCCAAGCUGAUAUCGAGAGUGCCAAGAAGGAACUUGCGAAUUACCUCCCUCCUGAUGUUAUUCAAUUUGCUUUGGCCAAUCCUGAUGCUUUCUUUGCUCAACAAAACAACCCUAACUCUUCUCCACUAGAAAGCCAGACGAUUACCCGUAAUGCUCAACAGAUGCCAACUCAGAAUUUUAUUCCUGAUAUUCAGCAGAUGACAACCGUCCCUCCACAAAAUUUCAACGGUGGAUCCAGAGGAGAGUUGGUUAAUUGUGACACUCAACAUACCCCAAUUGUUCCUUCACAUAAUCAUUGGGAAAAUUUGGGGUUUCACGACACUCAACAGACGCCAAUUGUUCCUCCAAAGAAUGAUGGAGGAAAUUUUGUAAUUGGCAACACUCAACAACAACCAACUAUUCCUCGGGAGAAUAUAAUGGGUCGCAGAAGACAGAUGACCAUUCGUCACAAUUUUCGUAGGCAAAAUUAUCUCAACGAUAACUUUGACUAUAGUAUCCAUGAUGAUUUAUUUGGCGAUGAUGGUGAUGGUGGUGGGCUAGGACACCAUUUGCGGGUUCAUGAUCCUAGUCGUAGACAUGUUCGAUUACCAUUUGAUGGUUUUGACAAUAGUAGCAGUUUCGAUUACCAGAAUCAUCAACAACGGAAACACAACUAAUAGAUACAUGUUCCCAUUCAGAUGCAGAACAAUACAUCAAUAAAAAUAAUCAUACAUUGUGGUUGUUUUAUUCA